UGGAACCGCGACAACACGUACUCGUCGCUUACGGCUACGGCACAGUGUAAGUAGACUUGCUUUCUCUGUGACUGCUUCUCGGGAUGGGGGGAAACUCGAUUCUGAUGGCCGUCUAUUCUAGCCCUCUUGGACUUUUCAACGCCUGAGCGAAUGCGCGUCCACAUCUCCUCCCUUUCCACCCCCCACUUUGCGACCAGUUAUACCCUCGGGACUGUUGGCCUCAUUGAAGGCUCUGUAUCAUAUCUAUACAGCAAUGUACCUUUUGAUAAUCUUCCAAGCAAAAGCGCCCUGAUUCCCCUCCGUAAGCUCGCACCUGGCUAUCGACAAGUCCAGUCGCCGAUUGCUCCACCGGUAGAAUGCUGGGGAUGGGACUCGAUACUUGAUGGCCAGAGUGCUACUGGCCAAAAGGCGACACUGCUCCAUGCGACACUGCACUUGCCUCCACCGACAACUCUGAACGCAUUGUUCUUGCGCCGCCUCUCCCCGACCAUGCAACUCUCACUCGCAGUGUCGUCAACGCGAGGACCACCUCUCUCCAAGUCUGCCCCCCAAGCUACCUUACUAACACAACUCUCGCACAAUACCGGGAAGUACAGCAACGAGUAUCUUUUCAGUACAGACAACUCGCUGUUUGGGUGGCGCGGUUUAUGGAACUUUGGACCCGAUCCUCGUUCCCCCGGCGGCAGCGCUCCGCGAUUAUCGCUCCUCUCCGCGGGCGCGGAGGCAUACUACUCUCCGGUCUCAUCGCUAAUUGGCAUGUCCACCGGGUUGAGGUUCAGCACGUUGCCGGCCGCCACGGACCCGACAUCCUCUACUACAUCCUCAACAAACAAUGCUAGCACACCGAUAUCCACCUUCCCCUACACCCUAACGCUCACCCUAACCCCGUUGACCGGCUCUUUAUCCACUAGCUAUUCUCUCCGCGCAUCGCCCAACCUCUCCUUCAGCUCGCGAUUCGGGUUCAACGUCUACAGCUGGGAGAGCGAAAUGGUUGCAGGAUGCGAAGUCUGGCGACAGUCUAGAAAACCCAUCCGCACGACUGUAGUUGAAGACGACGGUCUCGAAUGGGCCCGGCGCAAAAUGCGCGAGGACAGCCCGUCUGCCUUCCCGGCACGACCGCCAACUUCACCACCCAAGCACGAGCCGGCUACAUGCCCCGAAGCAGAUGCGGCCAGUGAAUCAGUGCUCAAGAUCCGCGUCGAUCAGUCUUGGAAUGUUCGACUUCUCUGGGAAGGUCGAGUCAAGGAACUCCUUGUGAGUGCUGGGGUUGGGCUGGGCCCAAGCUCGUUUUCAUCUUCGUCGUCGUGGUCUUCGGCUGGGGGGCAGAGCGGCGGCGGGGGGACCUCGUACUGGCGGGGUGUUGGGGUUUCGGUAUCUUAUUCGUCAUGAACCCGAUACCUAUCUGUUCAUACAUAAAAAGGUAUAAUUCAAACCCGAUAUAUGAUAUAUACAUAUAUUUUCUACAAUCUUAACAGCGCAACCUCAUUGAUAAUUUAGAUGGCGGAGUGUAUAUUCCAUUGUGUAAGGGAUCUACGCUUCCUCGUCUAUCUCAUCUAUCUCGUCUCUUCUGGAUUGGGAAAGUUGGAAGUUGGUAUUUUUAUAGACGAUAUGAGCCUCGAUAGUAUUCGAGGCUGAUUGCAUUUAGCUUUUCAGGAUAUAUUAGAUGAAGCCACCUAAAUCAUGGACGUUUUCAUGGUCGGACGUCCGCUGGUGCCAUUAAAGACACUCUAGCUAUAUUUGAUGUCUGAGUUUCGCCGCAAAGAGAGUUGCAUCAGGCUGUUGCCGUCAGGCGAUCGGGACCUAGCAUCUUUACAGACGGGCGUUGAUAAUAUCAACGA